AAUGCGGGGUUAGAGCGGGAAGGAGCGGUGGUUGCGGGCCUGCACGUCGGAUCGAGCCCGGUCUCAGCGCCGCGUCUUUCUACCGUUGGAGGCCCGUACUUGCCUUUUGUUAGAGACCGUCCACCUGACGCCAUGUCCGUGGUCCCACCGAGCCGCUCCCAGGCCGGCUGGCCCCGCGGGGUCUCGCAGUACGGCAACAAAUACCUGCAGGCCAAGCCGCUGACCCUGGAGAGGACCAUCAACCUGUAUCCGCUGACUAACUACACCUUUGGUACCAAGGAGCCCCUGUAUGAAAAGGACAGCUCGGUGGCGGCCCGGUUCCAGCGCAUGCGGGAGGAGUUUGAGAAGAUCGGCAUGCGGCGCACAGUGGAGGGGGUGCUGAUUGUGCACGAGCACAGGCUACCUCAUGUACUCUUGCUUCAGCUGGGUACAACCUUCUUUAAACUCCCUGGUGGAGAGCUUAAUCCUGGAGAAGAUGAAGUCGAGGGCCUGAAGCGUCUGAUGACAGAGAUUCUGGGACGGCAAGAUGGUGUGCAGCAAGAUUGGGUAAUAGAUGACUGCAUUGGCAACUGGUGGAGGCCGAACUUUGAGCCACCUCAGUAUCCAUACAUUCCAGCUCACAUCACUAAACCCAAGGAGCACAAGAAAUUGUUCUUGGUACAGCUACAAGAAAAAGCCCUCUUUGCGGUGCCAAAGAAUUAUAAGCUGGUUGCGGCCCCCUUAUUUGAGCUGUAUGACAAUGCGCCCGGUUAUGGACCCAUCAUCUCCAGCCUUCCUCAGCUUCUGAGCAGGUUUAAUUUCAUUUACAACUGAAGUUUAUGGACCUCACUUGAAGUUGAAAAUGGGAAUGGUGAAUGCAUAGGUCUGGGUUUGUCUCACCAUCGCCAAGCCAGAAUAAAUCCCAGGACUUGACCAGUGCUCAACUAGUGGUUUUGUUCUACGUCAUUGAGUACACCGUGCAUCAACCCUGAAGUUGUAGAGAAAUUUAACUGGACUUUUUAUAUAAAAAAAAACUUGAGUGCAGCUUGUAACUGUUUGCUUUUUUUACUUUAUUAAAUGGACAAACG